UUCCUCUGUGUACGAGGAAUAAUAAGUUAAAAAACUCCCGCACUUACAGUCCACUUAACAUCCACAGCCACACAGGGAAUUCCUACAGUGACGUCACAUCGCCUCUCAUCAUUUCAUCGCUAGCACCACAAAUCCCCAAGUGAUCUCAAUCACCCCCGCUCCGUCUAGCUAGGAAACCCCCCAUUCUUGUGCAUGGUCCAUCGAAGCCGUUCACUGAGAGUACCAUCGAUUAAGGUAAUCCCCGUCUGCAUUGUCUAACAUACUUAGUUGUGUGUCAUCGGUUCGGUAAGUGAAACCACUUAAAUUCUCUAAGAAGGCAGCAUACAUUACAUACACACUUGUAAAGGGCAGAGUAAAACCAAAAAAAAAAAAAAAAAAAAGAUAGUUCUACACGGAAAAUGUAUAAAAGUGCAAAAUACAUUAUGAAUGUGAAAACCGCAUGUAAAGACCAAAAAACGCAUUUUUAAAUGCGGUGUAAUAUAUGGGAAAUCCCUUAAAAAAAGAGAUAAAAUUUGUUAUUCCAUGCAAACUAUCAGCUCGUCUCAAUUCCUUUUUCAAAAGUGUGUAUGUAAAUGCCUUUAUCUAUAUAACAAAAAAAAGAUAGAAUCGUCAAUUGUGAGAGGAAAGUGCUAAAAGUGCAAAGAAGUGUUGUUGCUGUCUGUCCUCAUGUGUUGGACACCGUAAAAAGUGCUGAAAACAAGGUUAUUUAAAAACAUAUUUCUGUACACAUCUCUGAAAAUUGCAUAAAAUUCAUGUUAUUUUGUUCAUUGGCAGAAAUCCCGUUAAAGUCAAAUGAAAGUCGUUUAAAAGUCUACAUAACGGGUUAAGAUCACAAGAAAAAAAGUACAUAAUUUCAACCAAAAACAUAAGAAUUUUAAUACAUAGUCGGUUCUAUAUACAACACAAAGUUCAACGAUCGUUUCGUACGGUGUAUAAAAGAACGGAGAUUAAUGUUAACUCUCUCAUUACAUUGGUAUUGAAGAAGAGAGUAAAUAACUAGAUUUCAACUGGAAGGGCCAAAGCCAAAAGCGAAUGAAGGAAGAGCAAAAAAGCAAAAAAGAAGAAGCACUCAGGCAGACAGACACACACUUGCAAGAAGAAGAAUUUAGUUACAUUUGAAUAGAUUUGAAGUUAAGUGAUGAGUGCAAUCGGAAGGCAAUAUUUAAAACAAUUGUGAAAGAACGAAAGGUGCAAAAGUUAAAAAGAAAAAUGUGCUUUAAUUUACGUUCACUAUUUGUAAAGCAUGCAAAAGGUCAUAAAAUUUAAAAGGAAAAAAAAAGGAAAAUUGUUGAAAUAAAAAAGGAAAAUUGUUUGAAAAAAAAGACAAGUGAAAUUAGAAGAAAAGCAAAAAAAAAAAAAAAAAAAACCAAUCACUCUGUUGAACAUACAUACAUAGUUAAAAGCAGACAGCACUAGACAAGUUAAAAAAAAAAAAAAAAAAAAAAUAUUGUAAAAUAAGUGUUUAAAAUUACCGCAACAACAGAUCUACAAUGCGUGUCCAAGACGUCUACAAGUGCAUGGUGUGCCAAAACCGCCACGCCCUCAGGUACUGCCCAUCUUUUAUUUUGAUGACUGUCGAAGAUAGAAGGACGGCAGUUAGACAACACAAGUAUUGUCGAAAUUGCCUUGCCAAAAGCCACACCGUGGAAGAUUGCCAGUCGACGGAGACGUGUAGGAAAUGUGGGUUCCAGCACCACACCAUGCUGCACCCACGAAAACUAGCACCAAAGCCGAAAAGCUCCAAGGCAGCCACCAGAACGCCCAUGGCACAGCCUCGGCGACAAGAGCCAAAAAAAACCAACAAUGGCCAAUCCACAUCCGCUCAGGCCCAACGAGACCAACCAGCCAAAUCACGACUAGGCCGACGUCAAAAUACAGCUGCCGCCCGCCAACAACAGCCACACCCCAAAAGACACAACGGGCCCCAGAACCACCGAAACAACAAACAGGCAAACCAACGCAACACUCAACAAAGAAUCAACCGAAAGCCAAAGCGCAAACCCCAGCGAAAACCCACCAAGAAACCACAACACCAACCAACAAACCAACCACCAACUCUCCAACCUAAUUAUUUGAUUUUGUCUGAAGCGAUCAAGUCGCUGGCAACCGUCUUGUGUGCAACUCCCUCAAACUUUGCGUGAACGCAAGGCCGGCGCCAUGGACAAAUUUGAAUUUGUCCCUUUAAAUUUAAGAAUAUAAGGUAGAAUAAGUGCCAUGAAUUUUAAUUGAAUUGUGAAUUAUUAUUAUGAAUUGUAUAGCGUAUAAGAUAUCCCCCUUUUUUGCCAUCCGUACUAAUCUGGAAUAGAGUGUAAGACUAUUGUGAAUUGUUAGCUAUAAGCCUUUUAGUACUGCAGCUCACUUGCCUU